AUGGGUGGUCAGAACCUUACUACGAGAAUUGAGAAUUGGAGAAGAGAAUUCAAAACGAGGGAAAAAGAUUUAAGACUAGGACAGGAUCGAUUUAGGAGUACAAGUAUAGAAAGACUGGUAAGCUUUAUAUUUGCUUGA